GAGAUGAAAAUAUAAUUUUAUAUAGACCCUAAUAAAGAGUGUAGAAAAGGAAAAUGACACAAAAUGAACAAACAUUCCUGCCAUACUAACCAAACAGCCUUUUUUAUUAGUGGUGAUGCACCAGCAUCCAGUCUCCCGCCUUUGCCUUUUUUCAGACGAGCUCUGACCAAUGGCGCGCCAGAGGGGGCUGGAUUGGACCACUGUCCGCACACUGCCUGUCUUUUAAAACUCUGUUCUCUCGAAAAUAUGCAACAUUCAUCAGAUCUGCUUUGAAGGACAGUAGAAACUUAAACCACCUGUGUAAACUUUUCCUCUUAACUCAGCUCAGAACUUUUUUUCUUUUUCCCAACCGUCUGAGUAGAAGAAGAUCCUGCUGAAGUUUUCCUGUGAGACUGGCACCAUGAGCAAGUGGACCAGGGUGGCACUGGCACUGUGCUCCGUCCUCACUCUGGCACAAGGUUCUAGCUGGAACAACUCACGGGUGCGAAAGUCUAGCCAAAGGACCAGGAACAAGUUGGCCUUCAACAACAUCUUCGAGCCCCAGACCACAGGAGUGACGGAGUGGACGUCUUGGUUCAACAUUGACCAUCCAGGUGGCAAUGGAGACUAUGAGAGGCUGGAGGCUAUUCGUUUCUACUACAGAGAGAGAGUGUGCGCUCGACCCGUGGCAAUGGAGGCCCGCACCACGGACUGGGUGGCGGCCUCAGACACUGGGGAGGUGGUGCAUUCCAGCCUGGAGAAGGGCUUCUGGUGCAUCAAUAAAGAACAGCCGUACGGACGCAUCUGCUCCAACUACCAUGUGCGAUUCCAGUGUCCACCAGUUCUAGCGUACUGGACGGACUGGACUGCAUGGAGCUCUUGUUCCGCCACCGCUUGCAAUGACGUCGGCAUCCAGGUGCGUCGGCGGAAAUGUAUGAGCACGCAGCCUAUGCCCGCACUGCUCACGCCAACCUGCCCUGGCCCAAACACAGAGCGCAGGGAGUGCUCCACACCGCCAUGCCGAGCCAAGUGGGGUCAGUGGGGGAUGUGGAGCGCGUGCUCGGUGACCUGUGGGAAAGGUCGGAGAGGCAGACGGAGAUCGUGCAUGAAGUCAUCGGAUGAUGUGGAAUGUACAGGGCGGCCGGUAGAGGUCCAGAAGUGUGGAAACACCCCAUGUGCAGUAGUGUGUCAACGCGUCUGUCCUGAGGGACGUCCAAGCGAGGACUGUACCCACUGUGUCUGUGAGGGAAAAAUGCUGGAGGGAGAAGUUCUGAGUGUGACCGGUGUGCCCGUGUCAGGGGCCAGUGUGGCGGUUUCAGACCGGCCCAAGCUUAUCCGGACCCUCACAGACGCUAAGGGUCUGUUCAAAAUCCCUGGCGUGUGCUCCGGCCCCGAGACCCAGCUGCUCAUCAGUAAGGAGAAAUACGCCCCUGCCACCGUGCCCGUCUACAGUAACAGCAGCGAGAGCCUGUGGAUACGAGUUCUGCUCAGGUCCUCAGAGAAGCCGUACAUUGUGAAGCACCCUGAGGAUAAAGUACGAUAUGAAGGACAGCGUGUGAUUCUCUGCUGCAAAGCAACAGGGACCCCCAGCCCUGACAAAUAUCACUGGUAUCACAAUGGAACUUUGCUGGAUCAGAAAAAGUACAAGUACGAUGAAGAUUUGGUUUUGCGUGAUCUGAAACCAGAAGAGUCCGGGGAGUAUCACUGCAAAGCCACCAGCCUGACCGGCAGCAUCAAGUCCUCUCCAGCCUUCCUCACUGUUUUUGCCAAACGAACCCCAGCGUGUAAAGCCUCACCAGAAAGUCACCUGGUUAGACUGCCGAUAGACUGUAAACAACCAGGAACACAAUCAAAGUUCUACAACGCUGGUCGCUGUCCUCACAACUCAUGCCCUGGAUCGCAGGACUUUGACCUCCGAUGCAGAGAUGUUUCCAGUUUCUGCUGUGGGGUGAAGCAAAUGGAGGCGAAACAAAUCAACUGUGGGGGCUACACUCUGCCGAUAAAGGUCGUGAGCGAGUGCAGUUGCCAGAAGUGCGUGGAGCCCAAAAUUCUGGUACGGGGUAGAGUGGUUGCGGCUGACAACAACGAGCCCCUGCGCUUUGGACACAUCGUCAUGGGAAGGGAACGAGUAGGAACCACAGGAUAUCAGGGAGGAUUCACAAUUCAAGUACCUUCAGACACUCAGCGCCUGGUGGUCAACUUUGUAGACCCAUCGCAAAAGUUUGUGGAUACUUUGAAAGUGUUUAUCUUUGACAAGAAGAGUGGUGCAGUAUACCAUGAUGUAAAGGUCAUGAGAAAAAAAGAACCAGUUGACAUCAGUGCUGCAGAGACCAACACCAUUUAUCUGGGGGAAAUAGAAGAUGAAGACCCCAUUGGUCAGUUGGUCAUACCCCCCAACUCCUUCCACAAAAGCACUGGAGAAACAUACGAAGGCACCGUUAAAGCCAGCGUUACAUUCUUCGAUCCACGAAACAUCACAGCAGCUGCUGCUAGUCCAGGAGACUUGAACUUUGUAGGCGAUGAAGGUGACAUUCUUCCUCUCAGGACAUAUGGAAUGUUUUCCGUGGAUUUCAGAGACGAUGCAAACAAGGAAAUUCUUGGAGCUGGAGAAGUCCAAGUGCUCCUUGACACUCAGCAUGUCAAAAUGCAAGAACAUAUCCCUGCAAUGAAACUGUGGUCUCUCAAUCCAGACACGGGUAUCUGGGAGGAAGAGGGCAACUUCCAACCUACUCAAGUAACCACUGAGGGAAACGGAAGGCGGAAAAGAGAGGAGCGCACUUUCCUGAUCGGAAACAUGGAAAUCAGAGAGCGUCGAUUGUUCAACUUGGACGUACCUGAAAGUCGCAGAUGCUACGUCAAGGUACGAGCAUACAUGAGUGACAAGUUCCUGCCUACCGAACAACUUGAAGGAGUGGUCAUCAGCCUAAUAAACCUAGAACCCAAGCCUGGAUAUUCAUCCAAUCCUAGAGCUUGGGGACGCUUUGACAGUGUGAUCACAGGAUCAAAUGGAGCUUGCCUCCCAGCUUUCUGUGAUGGCCAGAGACCUGAUGCAUACACAGCUUACGUCACAGCCAUAAUGGGUGGAGAAGAACUUGAGGCAGCUCCAUCAGCACCAAAGAUGAAUCCUAAUAUCAUUGGUGUAUCGCAACCGUACUUAGACAAGUUAGACUACCAACGUUCAGAUCACGACAAUCCAGCACUUAAGAAAACAGCUUUCAGAAUAAAUUUGGCCAAACCUAAUGCAAAUAACCUUGAUGAAACCAAUGGACCAAUCUAUGCUUAUCAAAAUUUAAUUGAAUGUGAAAAUGCGCCUGCAGAUGCAAGUCAUUUCCGCUUCUUUCGUGUGGAGAAAGACAAAUACGAGUACAAUGUGGUGCCUUUUGAGGAGAGUGAUCUUACCUCAUGGACUGGGGAUUACUUGUCCUGGUGGCCAAAUCCUCAGGAGUUCAGAGCUUGCUAUAUAAAAGUUAAGAUCCAGGGGGCAACGGAAGUUAUGGUAAGGUCAAGGAACCUUGGUGGCACCCAUUCCAUGACCAGAGGUCAGUUGUACGGAAUUAGAGACAUCCGCAGCACUCGUGACAUGAACCAUCCCAACACCUCAGCUGCUUGCCUGGAGUUCAAGUGCGGUGGAAUGCUUUUUGACCAAGCUGCCGUUGACCGGUCUCUCAUUUCUGUCAUUCCUCAAGGCAACUGUCGCAGAACUGGCAUCAAUAAUCUCCUUCAAGAGUACCUUACGAAACACCCACCUGUCCUACAGAACAAUGAAACUCAUGCAUUUAACAUGCUAGCUCCUGUGGACCCCCUAGGCCACAAUUAUGGAAUCUACACCGUCACAGAUCAAAACCCACGCAUUGCUAAGGAGAUCGCCAUCGGUCGCUGCUUUGACGGAACAUCCGAUGGUUUCUCCAGGGAGAUGAAGUCAGAUUCUGGAGUGGCCUUAGUUUUCAGCUGCCCAAAAAGAACUGUGAACCGUGAGAGUCUAUUCCAGCGCCUGCAGACUAAUCCUGGCCAAACCUUGGCACAAAUGGCUCGGGACAUGAGGGAAUCACAGGGAAUGCAGGUCAGAAGAGGGCUGCCCCAGGUUGUGGCAUACCCUUCAGACCAACAGGCCAGGACCCAGGGCCGCAGAACUAGUACCACCAACAGGAGAAGAACUGGAACACGGACUCAACCAAGGAAGUAGAUAAUUAUGCUUGUAGGUCAUUACCAAGAAGCAAGAUGGAGACAUGAGAUGGAAACAUCACAAAAAUGACGAUGGAAAUUAGAAACUCGCUUAGUCGGGGCAUGACGAAGACUUUUGUUGGAGUUUCUUUUAGACAACGUCCAUUGCUAUGUCACAAACCCUGUUUUGUCAAGCAAAAAGGACAUUUUGUGCCAGGAGUCUUUUUUUAUUUUUAGUUUGAAAGGAAUUUACAGUACAUGCUUCAACCAAAAAAAAAUCACUUGAUGUAAUGAGACUUUCUUUUUUAAGUUCAGGGUGAAUGCUUUGAAAGAGUACAUUCAGGAUGAAUACGUUUAUUUAUUACAGUUAUUAGAAUGGUCAAUGUUCAUCGUAAAAAUACUGCCACAUAAAUUGAAAUAUUAAUCAAGUUAAACAAAUCCUUGAUUAUGGACUGCAUUCAUUCUUGAAUUGAAUUUUGAACAAUACCUCCUAAUGAGCCUAAAGAAAAGUAAUGAUCAAUGCUCCUGCUUCUUCUGUCAAAGAUAUUACUGUAGGAGAUGACACAUUUGGGGAGCUGUGGACCAGACUCUUAAUGGAGCAGGAAUUAUGCUUUGAUGUCUUCUUCUUUUUCCCAAAUUAGCACAGAAAUACCCCAGAUUUAAUCCAGCCAUUCUACAGUCUGACCAAUGUAUUGCUAGUCUAAACAAAACCUAUGGCAUAUGACGUUACACGUGGUCCUCAAUUUUUUUUUUACUUUUUUACUUAGAAAACUGACAGACAACAUCAACAUUGGUCUCAUCUUAUAAACUACCACUUGACAAUUUACAACAAGAGCCACAACUGUAGAGUCUGACCUUUAUACAUUGAAUUGACAGUGAAUUAGCAUGUUUAAAUUCAUGAUUUGUAUAUAAUGCAGUGCUGUUAAAAGUAUAAGUUCCUUGAGGAACCUUUUUUUUUAUUUAAAAGCAUGCUUUGAGGAAUCUUCAGGACACAUUUAAAUGCUUUAAAAAGCUUUUUUUCAUGAAGGUUCCUCAAAGCACUUUAAGGGGUUCCCCUAAAGUUGAAGAAACUAUAAAAGUUCCUCAAUGAACAAACACCUUCAACAGUGUACAUGUGUUUCAUGUAGGUGUCUGUCUGUUUCUUGACGUGCAAUAAUUCUGAAAAUUACUUGAGAGCCCUAACAUACAAAACUGUCACGAGCCAGUCAAUUGUAGGACUGUUAAAAGUUAGGCUCAUCCCUGUUUGAGGUUUUUAAGUAUGUUUGUUUAAUAAACUAUGCAUUACUGGC